UUCUUCUCGACAGACGCGUCUGUAAUCAAACGGCGGCAGCAAAACACAAGGAAGAAGGAAGAAGGAAGAAGUGGAAAGAAGAAGAAAGAAGAGGGAAGAAGAAGAAAAGGAGGAACCGUCUGCAUCUGCUGCUCGCCAGAAAUAAAAAUUUAAAUUUGUUUGGGACACGUGGCCCACCUUAAAUUUCAUCCAGGCUCUGCUCUGAAGCAGAAUAGAGGGCCAUGGUGAGGAAGAGGCCAAACAUAUUGGUGACAGGAACACCAGGAACGGGGAAGACAACAACUUCGUCCGCCUUAGCAGAGGCGACACAGCUCCGCCACAUCAACGUGGGUGAUUUGGUGAAGGCCAAGAAUCUCCAUGAUGGCUGGGAUGAUGAUCUAGACUGUUACAUCAUCAACGAAGACCUGGUAUGCGAUGAGCUUGAGGAUACAAUGGAAGAAGGAGGUAACAUAGUGGACUACCAUGGUUGCGAUUUCUUCCCUGAGAGAUGGUUUGAUCUUGUGGUUGUGCUCCAAACUGACAACACUGUCUUGUAUGAUCGCUUGACUCGAAGAGGGUAUUCAGAGUCAAAGCUCUCCAACAAUAUUGAAUGUGAAAUAUUUCAAACUCUGCUUGAGGAGGCAAAGGAGAGCUACCCGCAAGAUAUCGUUCUUCCCUUAAAGAGUGAUAGCAUUCAAGACAUUUCGACUAAUCUUUCUACUUUGACAGAAUGGAUCAGGAGGUGGCAACCAUCAACUUAGUUUCCCAUGAUUCAGUUUUGCUUGAAGGUGCUUGUUGGUUAAGUUGGGUCAUGCUUUUGAGAUGAAUUUUUCACGUAUCAUUAUAACAUUUGUAUUCACUCUCAUCAGUUUUACCAUUAUGUGAUUUGAAUCUCUCUUGAAUUGAAAUUGUUCAUUCAAGGGGAUUUGAUUAAAUGAAUUUGUAUUGAGGGGCAUUCAUAAUGACUAUGCAGCAUGCAAAUUGGCGUGACUUUUAGUUUUGUUGGACUCUGGAGGAGAAUGAAAUCCAUAUAGCAUAUAUAAUUGUCCUC